AUGGCCAGGAUUGUCCCACGACCUCCGUCACAAGACGAUAGAGGGCCCGAGAUUCCCUGGAAGUGGACUAGCCCCGAAGUAAGCAACACUGGUACAGGCGACAGCUAUGGUGGAGUGGCGGCAGAUUGCGGAGGCUGGCAGAACGGCUGGUCCUGUAUUGGAGCAAGUGAGGACCCGCCCACGGAGAGUGAGGAAAGGAGGGCACCGGCUCCACGUGAAAAUCGCAGGAGCCACUGCCCCGGCGCCCUAUUCUGCAAGAGAAAAUGGGGGCGGCGGAGGGUAUGCACGGAGCUGAAGCUUUGUGGCGGUGGUGGGGGGCAAUAUGAGUGCAUAUGUCGGCCAAGUUUCUGGGGCUCACACUGCGGCUUUGGGCCCCUCUGCAACCUGCAGCAAAAUACCUGCCACAACGGAGCCACCUGCCGUCACGUGGGCUCUGUGUCGUUUUCGUGCUUGUGUCCUCCCGGGUUUUCUGGGACACUCUGUGAGCAGCCGCAGCCAGUGAUUGCAGGCUGCGCGUCAGACGACUGUGUGCUGCAGUGCCCUUACGAGUCGGGCAACCAGCAGUGCUCGUGCGGCGUCCCGCACCGCAUCGUAAGAGAAAGGGCACAUUACGAAGUUACUGUACGUAUUGCGAACCUAACGGCUCUGCGGGAAACCUACAGUUCCUCUGUGGAGUUGGUCUUGCGUUCACGUAUGGAAAAGUAUCUCCGAAACAUCAACAUCUCUUAUCUGGAAGAUCUGCAGGUGAACAUAACGCCAGCAGCGGAGGUGGUGUUCCACUUCUUCGGAGGCAAGUCGGACGGGCGGAAGGUGCGCGAGGCGAUGAACCGGCUGGUGGAGCGCGGCCGCCUGGCCGACGUGCCGCUCGUACGCACCGCACUCGCCUUCCGGCAGGAGCCGACGCUGCUGCUGCAGCGUAACGUCAAGCACCUGCACAUCGGGCAAGUACGGAAGAGCAGAGUGGGCUGUGAGAUAACGCUGACGGACCCCUCUCUAGGACGACACCGAGACAGGAGCGGCCUCUACACGAAGAGAAUAUAAGCGCCGCGCCACCUAGCCGCAGCCUCCCACUUGUCUCUCCCAUCCUUUCCUACCCCCGUCCGCUGCCACGCCUGUACUACUGCAUCCCAGCCGCUCUCCAUCUUACCACACUCCAUAACCUCGCCCAAGGUGGCUUCCGUUAACUCCCCCUCCCUGAUGAUGCCCUCGUCCUCUCCAUCUACCCCUCCUACCAGCUUUGAUCCUCCCCUU